AGCUUGAACCAAACAAUGAACACUUUUAUACUUUUAUUGGCUUCCAUUGCGGCUGCAUCAUGUGCGCCGAUGGGAGAACAAGGUGAAGGAGGUGUCGAACACCAUUACGAUUACUACGCACCACCUCAUUACAGCUUUGAGUACAAAGUCCACGACGAGCAUAAAGGUGACGUCAAAUCUCAUCACGAGACGAGGGAAGGAGACAAAGUCAAAGGAUUCUACAUGUUGAAAGAACCCGAUGGCACCGUCAGGGAAGUCCAUUACACCGCUGAUCACAAAAAUGGUUUCAACGCUGAAGUGAAAAGAGUAGGACAUGCCGUCCACGAAGUCCCAGAAUACCAUCAUAAAGUCGAGGAAGAGAAACCCCAUCAUGAACAUCACGACUACUAUGCGCCGCCCCAUUACAGCUUUGAGUACAAAGUCCACGACGAGCACACGGGUGACUACAAAUCUCAGCAUGAGACAAGGGAAGGCGACAAAGUCAAAGGAUUCUACAUGUUGAAAGAACCCGAUGGCACAGUCAGGGAAGUCCAUUACACCGCUGAUCACAAGAACGGAUUCAACGCUGAAGUUAAAAGAGUAGGACACGCCGUCCACAAAGUCCCAGAAUAUCAUCAUCACUUUUAAAGAAUCAAUAUAAACACGGGAUAAGUUCGUUGUAUUCUUAAAUAAACGAGGCUGUUAAAAACA